AUGCCAGUCUCCUUCGCCCCCGGCCCGCACCCGUCCUCGUCGCGCCGCGCGUCCGCGUCCUCGCCGUACCCAGGCCGCGUGAUGACGAGCCUCGUGCCGCAGGACCUUCCCUCCCCGCCGCGCAAGAAACGCUCAUCGUCCUCGGGAUCGUCGCCGUCCUCGCCCCACGGCAAGCCCACACCGCCAGCUUCCCCACUCGACGACCCGUUCACCGACGACCGCAACACGAUGAGCAUACCGCCCCGGCGGGAGAGCGUGGCAUGCUACGAGCGCGCGUGCCGCGCCGCGUGCUCCCCGCAGGCGGACUUCAGCGUGCCCUACACCGACGACACGGAGCACGCGGCGCGUUCGCCGCGCGCGUCGUCGCGAGACCCCGAACGCGUGCCCCUCCUAGGUGUCGACGAGGACGAGGAGAGCCCCCGCCGCUUCGAGUGGCGCGUGACGGCCAUCAUCGCCCUCGCGAUUCUCAUCAUCACUGCUGUCAUCCUGGGCGUCUUUAGACUCAUCGAGGCGUAG